UCUGGUGCCAAGAGGGUUUGGAGCCCUUUGUCUCGGAAAAUAAGUUUGCAGCCACCUUCGAAGCUUCAGCUCUCCCUCAACGUCCUUCUUUCUCAUCCAGCUGAACUUCGUCGAAUCGCGAAGAGCGCUUCUCUUCCCGAAUUCGAGUAGUUUUUCCUGUGAUAUACAAGCAAGCAGCCAUGGUGGAACAGACCUUCAUCAUGAUCAAGCCCGAUGGUGUCCAGAGAGGAUUGAUCGCGGAGAUUAUCUCCCGUUUCGAAAAGAAGGGAUUUACUCUGAGAGCUAUGAGGUUGAUGACUGUAGAUAAGUCCUUCGCUGAGACGCACUACCAAGACUUGUCGUCGAAGCCGUUCUUCGCUGGCCUUGUCUCGUACAUCAUGUCUGGACCCGUGGUUGCCAUGGUCUGGGAAGGAAAGAAUGUCAUUGCCACAGGAAGGCUUCUGAUUGGUGCUACCAACCCUGCUCAAUCUGCCCCCGGAACUAUUCGUGGUGACCUCGCCAUUGACAUUGGAAGAAAUGUGAUCCACGGAUCGGAUUCAGCCGAAAGCGCAAAGGCCGAAAUUAACUUGUGGUUUCCCGAGGGUACGUGUGAGUGGAAGAGUGCUAUGCACUCUUGGAUCAAUGAGUAAAAAAUUAUGAUCAGAAUUGAAUUUCACUAAGUCCAUUUUUGACACACUGGCUUGAGACCUCAGCUGCGUGAACCGGAAUUGACCUUAUUAUUGAGACACAAUUUUGCAAUCGAGUAUAGGCAAUGCAUGUAUAUCAGUGGUUAAUCUUUCACUUCCCAGUACAUGAUGAGCUAUGCCAACCUUUGAAAAGUUAUUCUUGAGACCUCAAACGAUGAUA